CUGCUCUGCUUGUCACCUGCUUAACCCUAAGGGGUUGAUAAUUUCAAGCACUGCUGCUCAAUUUUUCUCCCUCUACGAACAGUGCAGAAGAGCCAUAUCAUGGAGAAAAAUGGGGCAGGAUGCGAAGCUUCUCCAGAAGCUGCUGCUAUCCUUUGCAUCAACAACUGUGGAUUCUUUGGCACAUCAGCAACAAUGAACAUGUGUUCAAAGUGUCACAAAGACAUGAUAUUGAAGCAAGAGCAUGCCAAACUUGCAACAUCCGCAAUCAAAAACAUCAUGGAUGGAGGAAACGACAAGGAAUCGGCUCGUGUCCCUUCAUUGUUUGGUGCACCAUCUGGUUCCGCAGCGUCAGAGAUGGCUCAACCAUCUUGCGGGUCACCGACUCAAGCUGAAAGCAAUAGCAAGUCCAAAGAGGGUCCCACCAGGUGUAUGACUUGCAGGAAACGUGUUGGUUUAACAGGUUUCAGUUGUCGUUGUGGGAACCUUUUCUGUUGUGUUCAUCGUUAUUCUGAUAAGCAUGAUUGUCCAUUUGAUUAUCUCACAGCUUCUAGGGAUGCCAUAGCCAAAGGUAACCCUGUUGUUAAGGGUCAAAAGCUUGACAAGAUUUAAGGGAGUCUACUGCAUCUUGGCACUACCUGUCUCCCUACCUGUGAGUCCUCUACUCAUUUCUGCCCUUGCAUGUUCAUAUAGUUGCUGUAUCAUAUAUGGUGCCAAAGGCAUCUCUUUGCAUCCUCAAGAACAUAGGCCAUAUUUUGUUUAUCAGCUUCAAAAUGUUUACUGCUUUGUUUGUCGGAUGUACUUUUGCUUUCGUUAUCAUGAUAAUCGUAUAUUUUUUUAAGUAUA